AUGUCUGGGGUCCACGAGGAGAGGUUGGAGAACCACUGCUAUAGUGUGUGUCCCAGGUGUGGAUCUCAGCUGUGUGUGACCCAGGUGUGGAUCUCAGCUGUGUGUGUCCUAGGUGUGGAUCUCAGCUGUGUGUGUCCCAGGUGUGGAUCUCAGCUGUGUGUGUCCCAGGUGUGGAUCUCAGCUGUGUGUGUCCUAGGUGUGGAUCUCAGCUGUGUGUGUCCUAGGUGUGGAUCUCAGCUGUGUGUGUCCCAGGUGUGGAUCUCAGCUGUGUGUGUCCUAGGUGUGGAUCUCAGCUGUGUGGAUCUCAGCUGUGUGUCCCAGGUGUGGAUCUCAGCUGUGUGUGUCCCAGGUGUGGAUCUCAGCUGUGUGUGUCCCAGGUGUGGAUCUCAGCUGUGUGUGUCCCAGGUGUGGAUCUCAGCUGUGUGUGUCCCAGGUGUGGAUCUCAGCUGUGUGUGUCCCAGGUGUGGAUCUCAGCUGUGUGUGUCCCAGGUGUGGAUCUCAGCUGUGUGUGUCCCAGGUGUGGAUCUCAGCUGUGUGUGUCCCAGGUGUGGAUCUCAGCUGUGUGUGUCCCAGGUGUGGAUCUCAGCUGUGUGUGUCCUAGGUGUGGAUCUCAGUACAGUUUCAUAUUUUAGCAUUAUCAUGAUCAUUUUAUCCCUUAAAAAGCCUUAAAUGUUUAUAAUGUUUGUUGUUUUUGUUUAUCUAGGGAGCUUUUACUUUUUAACAUUUAAGGAGGAAGACUUUUAUUUUGUAACGUUGCAGAAUGCUUCAGAACAGGACUUUUAUUUUGUAACGUUGCAGACUGCUUCAGAACAGGACUUUUAUUUUGUAACGUUGCAGACUGCUUCAGAACAGGACUUUUAUUUUGUAACGUUGCAGACUGCUUCAGAACAGGACUUUUAUUUUGUAACGUUGCAGACUGCUUCAGAACAGGACUUUUAUUUUGUAACAUUUCAGACUGCUUCAGAACAGGACUUUUAUUUUGUAACAUUGCAGACUGCUUCAGAACAGGACUUUUAUUUUGUAACAUUACAGAGAGAGAAGCGUGUUUCAGAUCAGGACAUGGUGAAUUAGAAUGUACUAGGUUCUGUGGGGUUCUAUUCCUCAGCCUGUCUGUUAUAACUAAUCAGGACACCAUGUUUGUAACACUUCACAAUGUUUUUCUUUUUCUUUGUUUGGUGUUUUCUCAUCUGCUGAUCACAAGUCUUUAUAUAAAAUCUAUGAUUGUUGCAUUAAAACCAACAUAAAAAAAAUAAAAAACACUGCUAAACGAAAGCUAUUUCAAGGUGGGUUGAGACUAUGGUGUUUUUAAAGGUGGGUUGAGACUGUGUUAUGUGUUUUGCUGAAAGUAUUUUGCUAUUCUAUUAAAUCCUACUCUUUUUUUUUUUUGAGAAGAAGAAGAAAAAGUAUGUAUUUUAAAAAUGUUUGAUCUGUUCUAAAAUUUGUAGCACAAAUAAAAUUAUCUCAUUGA